GGGUGUGGGUUCACCGUUGGCAGGGCCAGGUGAGCUAUGUGGCCUCAGCUGCUCCUCUUGCUGCUGGCCCCACGGGGUGGGCAUGGCUGCCAUGGGCCGGAGCUGGACCGGGAACUUGUCCUGGCCAAGGUGAGGGCCUUGUUCCUGGAUGCCUUGGGAGCCCCCGCGGUGACUGGGGAAGGUGGGAAUCCUGGAGUCAGGCGUCUGCCCCGAAGACAUGCUGUGAGGGGCUUCACGCGCAGGGGCUCUGAGCCCGAGGAAGAGGAUGUCUCCCAGGCCAUCCUUUUCCCGGUUACAGAUGCCAGCCUCGGGGACGAGCCAGCUGCCGGAGAGCUGGCCCAGGAGGCCAAGGAGGGCCUCUUCACGUAUGUGUUCCGGCCAUCCCAGCACACACGCAGCCGCCAGGUGACGUCGGCCCAGCUGUGGUUCCACACGGGACUGGACAGGCAGGAGACAGCAGCCGCCAACAGCUCUGGGCCCCUGCUAGGCCUGCUGGCACUGUCAUCCGGGGGUCCCACAGCUGUGCCCAUGUCACUGGGCCAGGCACCCCCUCGCUGGGCUGUGCUGCACCUGGCCGCCUCUGCCUUCCCUCUCCUGACCCAUCCCGUCCUGGUGCUCCUCCUGCACUGUCCUCUCUGUUCCUGCUCAGCGCGGCCCGAGGCCACCCCCUUCCUGGUGGCCCACACUCGGGCCAGGCCGCCCAGCGGAGGGGAGAGAGCCCGCCGCUCCACGCCCCCGCUGCCCUGGCCUUGGUCUCCCGCCGCACUGCGCCUGCUGCAGAGGCCGCCGGAGGAACCCGCCGCGCAUGCCGACUGCCACAGAGCGGCCCUCAACAUCUCCUUCCAGGAGCUGGGCUGGGAACGGUGGAUCGUGCACCCUCCCAGUUUCAUCUUCCACUAUUGUCAUGGGGGCUGUGGGCUGUCCACCCCGCCGGACCUGUCCCUGCCAGUCCCCGGGGCACCCCUUACCCCUGUCCAGCCCCUCUCUUUGGUGCCAGGGGCCCAGCCCUGCUGCUCUGCUCUCCCAGGGACCCUGAGGCCCCUACGUGUCCGCACCACCUCGGAUGGAGGUUACUCUUUUAAGUAUGAGACGGUGCCCAACCUGCUCACGCAGCACUGUGCUUGCAUCUAAGGGAGUCCUGCUGGUGGCCAAGUCCCCACCAUUACCAGCCUGGAGGAAGGGCAGGGUUCCCACCUCCCCGCUCCUUCCACCUCUCUGCCUGGAGGCUCCCCUCCCUAUCCCGUCCCUGUCCCACGGGUAACGUGACAAUAAACAGCAUAGUGCAUAUGA